UAGGGAUAUCCUAACUAAUCUACAACAAAGAGAUGAGUUAAAUUAUUGAGACAUCGAGAUCAUAUACAAUGCAAAGCAGAGAUAAACUGAAUGAAUAUACGGAGAGGUCGCAGGUGAAAAAGACCCAAUGGCUACACGGGUUAGUUUUGGGAAUGAAACUGAGUGGGUAGGUGGGAAAAUAUGAUAUUUGGAUUUGAGUAGGUCAAGAAAUCAAAUGGGUAGGGAAUAAAAAGAGAUCAUGCAAAAGACAAAUGAUAUGUACAAGAAAUGGGGACUCACUAUAAAAUGCAGGUAAAGCAACAGAGAGGUUGAUGUAUUGCAAGAAAUGGGGGGGGUGAAGAAAUGAGCACUAGAAAGGAUUUUGGUGGCUCUCUCCCUGUUGCAAAUGUCCAAGCUCUUGCUUCCGACAAUUCUGGUGACAUACCAAUCCGGGACCUCCGGGCAGAACUCCAGUCAGAAGAAGUUUUGGUGGAUGAGUCUCCCCACAUUCCCAUCAUAGAUAUGAGGAAGCUCAUGGUUGAUGAUGAUGAAAUGGAAAAACUCCAUUUUGCCUGUAAAGAUUGGGGCUUCUUUCAGUUAAUCAAUCAUGGGGUGGAAGAAGUAAUUGAGAAAAUGAAGAUGGAUGUCCAAGAAUUCUUUAAGUUACCUCUAGAGGAGAAGAAUGCUUAUGCACAGCCACCAAAUAACAUUGAAGGUUAUGGUCAAGCCUUUGUUGUUUCUCAAGACCAGAAGCUUGAUUGGGGUGACAUGCUUUUCCUUUUUCCUCUGCCAGCCUCUCUAAGAAAUAUGAGACUAUGGCCUGAGAAUCCCACUUCUUUCAGGGAAACAUUGGACAAUUACUCCUCAGAGCUGCAUAGAGUUUCAAUCAACCUUCUGAGGUCAAUGGCCAAGAACCUGGGGGUAAAUCCCGACAAGCUUGCAAGCAUGUUUGAGGAUGGCACACAGGGAGUUAGGAUGAAUUAUUAUCCACCUUGUGUGCAUGCAGACAAGGUUAUGGGCCUCACUCCCCACUCUGAUGCCACAGGACUCACCCUACUAGUUCAAGUCAAUGAAGUGCAAGGUCUGCAAAUCAAGAAAAAUGGCAAAUGGGUUCCCAUUAAACCUGUCCCUGAUGGAUUAGUUGUCAACAUUGGUGACAUCAUUGAGAUCAUGAGCAAUGGGGAAUACAAGAGCAUAGAGCACAGAGCGGUGGUGAAUCCAGAAAAAGAACGCCUCUCCAUUGCCGCAUUUCACAGUCCAGAUCAUAGGACCAUGAUUGGUCCUCUGCCAGACCUUAUAAAAGAGAACAGCGCAAACUAUAAGACUACAAGUCAUGAUGACUUUCUACGAAUUGUUGUAACCAGAAAACUUGAUGGUAAGAGUUUAUUAGGACAAAUGAAAUUUGCAGAUUGAUUCAUGUUCAGCAAAAAUAAUUUCAGUUGAAUAAGUGAAGUUCUGAUGCAAGUUUCAUUUCCUCAUACAUUUCAUUGACAGUUAAACUAAAACAUGGGCUCUUCUAGGAAUCACAUUGCUGCUGAAUAGGCAAUGGUGUUUUAAUCUAUUAUGAUAAAUGAAGGGUAUUCAGUUUU